UUAAGACUUACGACACACCCUACGAGGGAGAAAAACGAAUGCAGCUAACGAGUGAAAUGCCAACAAGAUGCGAACGGGGCAUGAAAAAUGCCCCCUAUCUCUGGUCACGAUCGCGUUCUGAGGGUCAAAUAUGCAAGUACGACAGGGAGCCGUUUCAGCAUGCCAAGGUGGUGGUACUACCGUAAGCUUUAUACGAAGAACGUAGUGUUCGAGGACUCAGUCUUUCGCUUUCUCUGCGUCCGCGAGCUCCUCGAUCGGCCUCUAGAUCCACGUGGUUAUCGAGCGUGGUCCACAGGUGCGGUGUCUUUUCGGGAACGUUGGGAAAUCAUCAUCACGGUUCCCUCAAGAAACCAUUAAAGAAAGCGCCCGAUGACUUGACUCGGUUAACUUCAGCUUGUUAAACUCUCUCCAACACCGAAGGCUUACAAAUUCAACAGGUUUACCUCCCUUAAUGGCUUAGACAGAGAUCAUCGCGGCCACUGAAAUUCGUUCAUACGUUUCUCAUCGUAAUUCGAAGAGAAUCUGGUAAUAAUGACUUCGCUCGAUGCCACCGUACGGACACGCACAUCUCGGCAUGAAACCGCUCAUGCGUUUAGAUAACGUCGAUUUCGUAAUCAAAAUCGUACAUUCGAACUUUCAACUUCCGCGUCGUUAACAAUGGCCAUUAGACGGUUACCCAAACUGUGAAUUCUUCCACGAAGAGAACAAUUAAGGUUGCUUUCGAAAAUGUUGUGGACUUGAGGGCACAAUCUAUGACACGUGAAAAGUACACGAUUUGCAACACAAAAGAAAACUAAAUCCUCUGAAAUUAUAUUUAAGAAAAAAAGGAGAAUUGUAGCUUAAAAGUUUUUAAUAUUUUUUACUAGAUUAAAAGGGAACAGAAGAUUCUGAAUUUUGAUUUCAAAGCACAGAGGAAUUGCUGCUUAAAAAUUUGAAAAAUUUCUACUCCAAAACGCUCCGAACCAUAUGAAAAGAGAACAAGAGUCUAUAAAAUUUUAUUUAAAAAAAAAAAAAAGGAGCAUUGCUGCUUAAAAAUUCUGAACGUUUUUCUCCGAAAAUACUCCAUACCUGAAGCCCCAAUUUAUCUCACAUUACUCUCUUCGCAAAGGAAACAGAAGUCUUUGCAAUUUGAUUUCAAGACACAAAAUAAUUGCAAAAUUGCCUAGAAACUUCUCGAGAAUGCACGAUUUACCCAACACCACAUGAAAGGGAGACGAAAGUCUUGAAACUUUGAUUUCAAACAUUGCUUGAGACUUGGAUAGAAUUCGGAGAAAAGAAAAAUGGGACUGGCGACUGCCGCCACGGUGGCUGUGAAGGGCGCCACGAUUCUUCUGGGUAAAAUGGCCAUUAUUCCUAUUCUGAUAGCGGCGCUCGCCUACUUCAAUUACGAUCUAAUGGAUCCGGAAAAUCACCCAAAAGUGACGAAGAAUCUCAGGAAGGAGUACGAUUUCGUGGUCAUAGGUGGUGGAUCGGCUGGAAGCGUGAUUGUAAACAGGCUGACGGAAAAUCCGGAAUGGACCGUGUUGCUGCUGGAGGCUGGAGGUCAUGAGACGGAGAUAACAGACGUGCCGAUAUUGUCUCUUUAUUUGCAUAAGAGCAAACUGGACUGGAAGUACAGGACGCAGCCUCAAGACUCGGCCUGUCAGGCGAUGGUCGAUCGACGAUGCUGCUGGACCAGGGGAAAGGUGCUUGGAGGUUCGAGUGUGCUCAACACGAUGCUUUAUAUUCGAGGAAAUCGACGUGAUUUCGACCAAUGGGAGAGUUUUGGAAACACUGGCUGGGGCUACGAGGAUGUCUUGCCUUACUUCAAAAAAUCGGAGGACCAACGAAACCCGUACUUGGCUCGCAACAAAUACCAUAGCACAGGAGGCUAUCUGACGGUUCAAGACGCCCCGUACAACACGCCAAUAGGCGUAGCCUUUCUGCAAGCCGCCGAGGAAAUGGGUUACGACCUGGUGGACGUGAACGGGCAGCAGCAGACCGGCUUCGCGUUUUAUCAAUACACGAUGAGAAGAGGAGCUCGAUGCAGCGCAUCGAAGGCAUUCAUCAGACCCAUUCAGUUGCGCAAGAACUUCCACUUGUCCCUGUGGAGCCACGUCACCCGGAUCCUCAUAGAUCCACGAACGAGAAGAGCCUACGGGGUGGAAUUCAUCAGGGAAGGUCGCAAGGAGGUCGUCUACGCCAAGAAGGAGGUGAUCCUUUCCGCAGGCGCCAUCAACUCGCCUCAACUGUUAAUGCUCUCAGGAAUAGGGCCGCGUCAACACCUUCAGGAAGUGGGGAUUUCCGUGAUCCACGACUCGCCAGGUGUCGGUCAGAACCUGCAGGACCACAUAGCAGUUGGUGGCCUCGCAUUUCUCAUCGACCCCCAGAUCAGCGUGGUGAUGAACCGCCUGGUGAACAUCAAUUCAGCCCUACGCUACGCCAUCACCGAGGACGGGCCUCUGACCUCCAACGUCGGCCUAGAAGCCGUUGGGUUCAUCUCCACCAAGUACGCGAACCAAUCCGACGACUGGCCGGACAUAGAGUUCAUGUUAACAGCCUCGUCGACCAACUCCGACGGAGGUACCCACGUGAAGAACGCUCACGGGCUAACGGACGAGUUCUACAACGAAGUAUUUGGCAAGAUUAAUAACCGAGACGUCUUCGGGGUGUUCCCUAUGAUGCUCAGGCCCAAGUCGCGCGGGUUUAUUAAGCUGAGAUCGAGGAAUCCUUUGGAUUAUCCUCUCCUGUACCAUAACUACCUAACUCACCCCGAUGACGUAAGGGUUCUGCGCGAGGGCGUCAAGGCCGCCAUUGCCUACGGAGAAACUAGUAGCCUGAGGCGUUUCGGCGCCAGGUUCCACAACAAGCCUUUGCCUAAUUGCAAACACCUGCCGAUGUUUACGGACGAGUACUGGGAAUGUGCCAUUAGACAGUACACCAUGACGAUUUAUCAUAUGAGCUGCACAGCGAAAAUGGGACCUCCGACUGACCCCAUGGCGGUGGUGGAUCCCGAACUGAGGGUUUACGGAGUGGACGGGUUGAGGGUGAUCGACGCCUCGAUCAUGCCUACGAUCACCAACGGGAAUAUCAACGCGCCCGUGAUCAUGAUCGGGGAGAAAGGCGCGGAUAUGAUUAAGAAACAGUGGCUGUCGCGACGGAAGAGGGACAACGGCACGAUCGCUGGCUCCUGAUACGUUGAAUUCUUGCCGAGAAAUCGGCCGUAGUUCGAGUCGAGUCUGUUCGUUGUUUAGCCCUAGCGACGGGACAGCUUGGUGGCGAGUUUAGAGGAGAGGCUUUAUGUUCGACACUAAAACUAUCCAAGUUCGAGUCAUGAUUUGUGUGUACUGUUACAUAUUUGAGAAUAGAGAGCGCUGGAGCAUGUCAAUUCUAUUUCUGUAAUUUUCAUCAUAUACUGCAACGAAGAUGUUGAUGAUUGGGUUGUCCGGAAAGUUCAUGUCUAUUUUUAAGAAAAAUUCAAAGGCAUAUUUGAAUUUUGAUGUAUAUAUAUUGAAUUAUAUAUGUACCAUUUUGUUCCACAAACUUUCCACCUGUUAAGGAAUGUACACAUGUUAUUUGUUUUCAGCCAUUCCGAUAUAUUCAGACCUGUACCGCCUACUAAAAAUCGGCAUGGACUUUCCAGACAGCCCAAUAGUUUUAAGUAAGGGCGCCGCUACAAAAACUAGGUAACAGUAGUUAUCGAGACAAAAUUUUGAAACUUUGUACUUUUACGUAGUUCUAAACGCUGAAUUUAAUGGUGUAAACAAAAAAAAAAUGGUUAAACAUGUUGAAUUAAUAGGAUAUUAAUAUAAGUAAUUCUUUAUAUAUUUAAGUUUAAUUACGUAAAGAAUAAUUACACGUGGUGUAUACAAAAUUUUCUUAUAACUUAGGUCACCUUGUUACGUCUAGAGUGAGAGUCAAAAACCUACUAAAAACGUACUGACGCUUCACUUACCAUGCUCGCAUUGUACAGUAAUGCUCAACCUGUACAAUGACACUCCUUCACACUAAACUAAACUAAAUUUACUCGAUUCUUCACAAAACAGUUUCUUUGCGUUUUUGGAAAAAAAAGUCAGAUCGAAAAAUGCCACAGCGUUCAGCAUUCAAAAUUACAUAAAAAUACAAAGCUUCAAAAUUUGUUCUCAAUAACUACCGGUAGCUUUUGUGGCGGUGUCCUACCUUAGAAAGAAGUAUAGACAUUAAAUUGAUUACCUCGAUAGUUCUAUUGUUAAGAAGUAUUGUUAACUGUUAUACGAUCAUCUGGAAGAAAUGGUUUUCGAGGAUAAGGGAAAUUCUUUGUUUCGUCUAGACGAGUGUUUCUUAACAUUUUAAUUACCAGGGAGGAACAAGCUAGAAAUUAGAAAAACAUUGAUACAUUAGUGUAUGGUAAUCUAGCCUGACAUUAAUGUUUUACGUGACUUAUCUGUCUCAUCUGAUUGACUACUCUCUUGGUAGAUAAAGUAUUAACAUGAAAUUUCCAACUAAACUUUGUUUUAUCUGUGGAAAGAGGAAUUAUUUCUUGGACAUUUAUGUUGUUAAUAUUAGAUAUUAAAUUUCUACUACUAAGAAAUAAUUUCUUUGUUGAAAGAUUAGACAAAGCGCAACGAAUUACGAAGAAAAAGAUCGAUUCGUUGCUGUGAGCCUAUAUAACCGGUGGUAAUAAUAACAUCGACUGAGAUUUGUUUUAUGUUCGCAUUCAAACGAGUUAAAUUGCGGUCGUGCGACAACGCUGCACAAAAAAUACUGUCCAACGAAAUCGAAGGAAAUCUGCAAGUGUCUCGCGUUUAUUGCAUUCGCUGCUGAGCAGGUAGAUGAAAGAAAAACCUGGAGAUUAAGCAGGCGACGAACUCGUUUGAAACUCUUAAAAUUCUCGUCUUACCACAUAAUCGAUACGCAACAUUGCUACACACUAGCGGGCUUACACAGGGCUGACCUAUAUUCCGAUUAGCGAGAAAAACCAGAACGAAAUCGGUGUAAUUAAUGGUCACCGUUUAUACAAAGCGUCUGCGUGUAGUGAAAUUAUUAAUAAGGCAAACUACAUCGCUAUCGCCUAUUUAUUUUUAAUUACUAUUAAACGUGCCAAAUAAAUAAAGGUGCUGAGCGAAACUAUUAGAAAGGAAAAUUGAAGAUGUCUUUCGUAAUUUAUUUAUUAUUCGAUUUAUCAUCGUAUUCGCUUGUAAUCUUAAUUAACAUCGAAUCGCGAUGUUAUUUCAUUACAUGCGAGAAGCUUUUACAUCAUUUUAUUGACAGAAGUUUAAUAAUUUGUAGAAUCACUUAUGGGGAUAACAAAUGUAUAAUUAAUGUCUAAAUAGAAAAGAAAAUUGAUUUUUUAUUCACUUCAGACUUCUCCAUUGACUCAAGUUUUUAUUUAAUAAAUAUUAUACAUAAUUUUCGCUCAGUAAUGUAACGAUAAUUGCAUACUUUGUUAGAAAUAAUAAAAAUGAUUUGCUCAUUCUAGAAUAAAUGGAAAAAAUUCUACUCUACUGGUACUGGUAUCAGGUAAACGUGCUACUCGUGACCAAAUAAUAUUUAUUCCUCUAACUCGUAGUAUAAAUGUUACUCAUACAAAAUCUGUAUAUAUGGUAGGCUAAUUUUUAAUCAAAACAUAGGUUUCUGUUAAUUUUGUAAAUAAUUAGUAUCGUUAUUGAAAUGCACUAAUUAUUACCAAAUCAAACAUAAAUAAAACGAUUUUGUACGAAUUCCAUCCUGACUACCACCAAUAUCUUGAAAAGUGAGACUGUACAGUUAUCAAAUUUAAGUAUACUAAGUUAAUUAACAAAAAAUACAGCCAUGUUAAUAAACACAGUUACAAGCAAAAAUUGUUUGAAUUUUAUUUAAUAAAAUGAACAAACUGCCGUUUUACUUAAUACAAACGAGACAUUAUAAUUUAUAUAGAAGGAAGGGUUCGAAUAUACGAUGACAGGAAACCAUUUUGUACAAAUGCAACACUCGAAUUCCGCGGCUACUCGUCUACCUUUUAAACAACCUUGAACACAUCGCGUUGAUUCGUUGGAACGA